AUGGCAGCAACCGGCCAUACCGACGAGGACCUAAGCUACCCCACGACCCCGCUUCAGGGCGACUCUCACCCAGCGGCGAAUGAGACCCUGAAAUUGUCGACCUUGGCGCUCCGCACCGCGUCGCAGAAACCCACCGCGUUAGACACCCCGCCGGAGACUCCAUUAGACGAUGAUGUCGGGUCGACGACAAAAAAUGGCAAGGGGAAAGAAGCGGCAUUGGAGCACGACGUCAACCCAUUAAUCCCAUCACGUCUCACUGGACUCCCGGCGGAGCUUUUGGCCAGCAUACUUCAGUACCUGGCCCCAACGGACUUGGCCAAUAUCGCAGGAACAUGCCGUAUAAUGUACACCUAUGCGGCCGACGAGCGACUUUGGAAGGCCCACGUACAGGAGAAUGUUCCGUGCCAGCAAAUCACAUCCCCGUACCCAUUUGAGACGUUCCAGGAGCUAUAUGCGGCCAGGGACCCGCAUUGGUUCAUCCCCAAGUACAAACUCUGGUUUGCCGACAACGGCCUGCCCGGACGCCUGAUGGCGGUUCAGUACGACCAGCGCCGGGGCAUGAUCGAAGGCUUCCAGGUGGUUGCCCGGAAUAAGAACACCAGUUUCCACACGUGGCAUUCCAACGGCAACACCAUCAUCUCGGGCUUCAAUCCGGAUGUCAAGAUCUACCAUGAUAACCCCAUCCUCCGUCUCCCGGUAGUCGCGAGUGCCGAAAACACCAACGGUGAUGGCCCCACAACCAGCAGCAGCGAGUCUGGCUCACAACACCAAAGGCCCAAAAGGGGCAACCGCUUCAAGCCUGAGUUUUACAUGCCGACAACCGACCUAAGCGGCCUACAAAGCAGCUUCGCAUUCGCCAAAAGACUGACGCCAGACGAGGUCGCUGCGCGCCUCAACCCACCCUUUCCUUACCGCAAUGUCUGGCCCCCUCGAUCUAUCCCGAGCUCUGAACGCGUGAUAGGCGCCGGUUUAGACCACCCUUCAUCUCUCGACAGCCGCCGAGACCGCCCCGAGACGCGGGGGCAGGUGUGCCAACGCGCGUUCCGCAUCCAUAAGUGGCUCCAUGUGAGCCCCAUUGACAACCGCUUUAGUCUGUUUCCUGAACCUUUCGAGACUUGGCAGGGCACGCCACCCCACGCAGCUGGUGUUCCAUCGAACACAACAACUGGCCUGUCUAUGGCCAAUUUGUUGUGGAAUAACAUCAGCACGAUCAUGUCGCAUCGAUUCGACGCUAUUUCCGGCCAGUCGCCCGUGGCUGAGGACGUCUCAACUUACAGCACCAUCGAUCCGGAGCAGUACACUCCAACCGAGACGAAGCCUUUCCGCGGCAUAUGGGUCGGCGAUUACGGCCUACACGGCCCCGAGUUUCUCUGGAUCCACCAACCGGACGACGAGGACGAGUUUGUACCUCCCACCCGUUCCGAUGGAGAGUCGGACGAAGACUUCGCCAAGCGCGAGCGUGACGCUGCCAGAUACCGCGGCAGGUUAGAGGCGAUCAAGCUCACAGGCGAUGCCAACAUUCCGCGCGGUGAACACUCGUUCAUCGUGGAGGAACUGGGCGAGCAAGGCCUCGCGCGGAUCGAGACCCACGCUCCGUUUGAGGGUGUCCGGGUGGUACGAAGCGAAUGCCACAUUGCUGAUCAUGGGUUUUCUAAUGCCCGACGCAUCGGGGGAGAGUUGUUCUGCAUCUCGCACGACAAGCUGGCGUACCACUGGAUCGACCUGAACCACAUCAGCUACUUUUACCGCGUGAAUGUCGACAAGCUGAUUGUCCCCUUAUCUUCUAAUCCCGCAACAUAG